ACCCGUCCUCUUAAACAUUCAUGCCUCGCAUUUGUAGCGGAAACAGUGCUGGUGAAAUAAGAUAUCUUUCUCACACAUUUCAUAACGAUCAGAAAAGCCAUUACUCACCACGGACUGGAAGAAACGUUUUCCUUUAACGAGUCCGACGAGAAGGAUAUCCUGCUUUCACUGGAACAAGCCCAGAUCCACGCCUUUUGGGUGAAGAAAAGACACCGGAAAAGAGGACGCAGAUUGGAGAUCCUUCUGAGAAUCCGGAGGCGAGUGAGCAAACUCCCAAGGCCUUCCAUUCUCCUUGCUAACGUGCAAUAGUUGGAACUAUUAAGAUUAUCCUGCCAAAGGGGCAUUAAAAACUGUAACAUCUUAUGUUUCACCAAGACGUGGCUGAAUGAAAAAACGGACAAUUUAGAGCUGGUGGGAUUUUCCAUGCACCGGCAGAACAGAGACGGUACCUCUAACAGAGCAGAAAAGGAUACGUGUCCAUACUACAGGUAACCAGCAGUAGAAAUGCCUCGCAUUGAGAAUGACAUCAAGUUGGACUUCAAGGAUGUACUUCUCCGUCCGAAACGAAGCACACUCAAGUCCCGUAGUGAGGUGGACCUGAUGAGAAGUUACACCUUCAGGAACUCCAAGGGAAGCUACAGAGGAAUCCCCAUUGUUGCAGCCAACAUGGACACUGUCGGCACCUUCGAGAUGGCUCUGGCUUUGUCCAAGUUCACACUCUUCACUGCCAUUCACAAGCACUAUUCAGUAGAUGACUGGAAGGAGUUUGCAACAAAGAAUCCAGAAUGUGUACCGAGUAUGGCAGUCAGCACAGGGACAGGCGAAGGGGACUUUGACAGGCUGGGUGAGAUCACAGCCGCUGUGCCUCAGCUCCAGUACAUCUGUGUGGAUGUGGCCAAUGGCUACUCUGAGCACUUUGUCCACUUUGUUAAAGACGUGCGCCUGAAGUACCCGACACACACCAUCAUGGCGGGGAAUGUGGUUACCGGGGAGAUGGUGGAGGAGCUGAUCCUCGCUGGCGCUGACAUCAUCAAAGUGGGCAUCGGACCAGGCUCUGUGUGCACCACCCGUAAGAAAACAGGGGUGGGUUAUCCCCAGCUGAGCGCUGUGAUAGAGUGUGCAGAUGCUGCCCACGGACUGGGCGGACACAUCAUCUCUGAUGGUGGAUGCACUUGCCCUGGUGACGUUUCCAAGGCUUUUGGUGCCGGGGCGGACUUUGUGAUGCUGGGCGGGAUGCUGGCCGGCCACUCAGAGAGCGGGGGCGAGGUCAUCGAGAAGAACGGGAAGAAGUACAAGCUGUUCUACGGCAUGAGCUCCGACACGGCCAUGAAGAGACACGCCGGGGGUGUGGCCGAGUACAGGGCAUCUGAAGGGAAGACGGUAGAGGUAGUCUACAAGGGUCCCGUGGACGUGACCAUACGGGAUGUCCUGGGUGGGGUACGCUCCACCUGCACCUACGUGGGUGCAGGGAAGCUCAAGGAGCUCAGCCGCAGGACCACCUUCAUCAGGGUCACCCAGCAGCUCAACACUGUCUUUGGGAAUGAUAACUAGGCGAGGCCCAGGCUAGUUCACACACACACAUACACACAUAUACACACACCAUACCGUUGAUAGUAAGAAUCAGUCAUUUGAGAAACUUAAACCUAGGAUAAAUGUUUGGUUGCCAAAACCAAAACCAUUUUAGAUAAUACUAUCAAACAAUCCCUUAUCUAAGAGUCAUAUUUAAGCAAAAGGUAUUAAGGGGUGUGGUAUAUGGCCAAUAUACCAUGGCCAAGGGCUGUUCUUACACACGACGCAAUGCGGAGUGCCUGUAUACAUCCCUUAGCCGUGGUAUAUUGGCCAUAUACCACAAACCCUCGAGGUGCCUUAUUGCUAUUAUAAAUUGAUUACCAACAUAAUUAGAGCAGUAAAAAUAAACAUUUUUUCAUACCAAUCAGCAUUCAGUGCUCGAAUCCACCCAGUUCAUAAUUCAACUUUAAACAUCUUUGACUUAUUCUAAACUGCCAUAAAUGUACAUUUCUUGGUAAUAAGUGAACUAAGGGCACUUCAGGACUUCAGGCUUUUCUCUAUGUCCAAUAUUAUCUAUCUAUCUAUCUAUCUAUCUAUCUAUCUAUCUAUCUAUCUAUCUAUCCCUGUUUUUCAAGACAUCUCAUCGCCAUGCUGUUUGAAAACCAUAUGCCAGAAAUGAAUAUACAGUAUUUCACUGUAUGUACUAUAUUGAGAUUGCAAGCGUUAAAAACAUCUGCUUUUAUUAUUUUAAAUUCUGAGUCAAGUGGACGGGCUACAUACAGUGAAGAGAUUCAGAUGUUCAUAAUAAUGACCAAUACUGCUGAUUUAAAAUAUUUUAGAUUAUUUUAUCCUUUUCAAAAUAACUUAAAAUAUAUAUUGCACUUAAUGAUUUGCAAUGAUGUAGUAUUCCAGUCGUUUUCCCUAAAGCAAGUUAGUUUUUCUGCUAUUCUCAUGCGGACCAAAUAUUAAGGCGAGGAGGAAAUAGAUACUGAAUGAAAAUACUGCCAAACAAGGGUUUCGUGUGCUGUACAGCUACAGCAGCAACUCGGUCAGUCAAAUUACACACCGCAUGUUGACGGGAAACUGUUGUGGAAUACAAAAUAUAGAGUGGCAAAAUUCCUGUAACUUUCCCCAAAUUCCCAGGUUUUCCAGAAGUCCUGAGUGGGACUUGGAAGAUUCCCAGAAUAUGGCAGAAAAAGCAGGAAAUCCAGCAAAUCCCCAACCAGGAUUUCUGGAGAACUUGGGAAUUUGGGGAAAGGAACCGGGAUUUUGCAACCCAAAUUCAAAGUAUUGUAGCGACCUUAACACAACACCUAGCGACCUCGUCAAGAGGUUCGGACUUCUUAGCUUAAUGGUUAAGGUGUUGGCUUGACAGUCAAUGGACAUGGUUCGAGUCCUUGUCAGGGCUCCCUCCUGAAUUCGCUACAGUAUGUUUCGAUGGUAAGGAAGGCAGGACAGCUUUGAUUGUUACCUCGAUUUACUGUUAAUUUCUCACUGUUGUCAAUUAGACUAGAUAGAAUCUCCAUGCAAUCCGUAUUCACAUUAUUACUUUACUGGAUAUUCAGUUACUUUGCUAGAAUGUUGUCUAUGCAUUAUUAUUUUAAGGUGUGAAACUGACUAGUUUUCAUUAUGUCUGUAUAUUUACUUUACUUCAUGGUGUUUUCCAGGAUGAUUCCUUUUCAUAUAUUUUGGUAUUAGUCAAACAUGUCAUGCCGUUUUUAAGCCACAUUUGUUGUUGUUUCAGUCUUGUCAGUUCUGACCAGUCGGAUAAACACUCCAAACAGCCUACCCGACCGCUCGGGGUCGUCCGCAUGGUCAUAAAGCACACCGUUGCCUUGUUUUGUAUCACAUUCCAAUUAUAAAACUGAAAAUGCAAUUUCAGAAUGACAUGUCCGCCCCAGUGAAAGUUGCGGCCCUGGUUCUGACCAAUAAAGAGCAUUCCAUAUGA